AAAGCUGGUGAUGGUGGUGGUGGAAUGGAGCACGGACCAACCGAGCCUCCCUCGCACACGUAAGAGCGUGAAACGGAGUCGAGAGUACACGAGGCGAGCCAGUUCGCUGUCGACUGCAUUCGGAGCAGGACGUGUGUCGUCCUACGUUCGAGUUCAUUGCCUGAGCACUGACUCGCGAGAGAACUUCUCUGAACAUCGCAUUCGUUUCGGUGAAACGGAGUUUUUGGGAUUACCAGGACCAAACCCAAGUUUGUUUUUACACGUGCCCGAGAUUUGUGGAUCUGUACGAGGGAAAAAGAAAAAGUGUAUUUGUGCGUGAGGGUGCGUGAAUCGGGGAAGGAAGUAACCGGUGAAGUGCCGGUGGUCCUUGAGAGGAAAAUGACCGACCACGUGGUGGAAAGUACGUUCGAGCUUUCAGCUUUCAUGAAAGCCGGAGUCAUGGCGGGUUCCGAGAGGGACACUGGCUCUUGCAGCAGUGCCGACGAGGACAGCAGAUCGAGCCUGCAUUCGCCCACAUCGUCCGAAGACAGCGUCGAAGUGCAAGUGACACCGAUUUCGUUGCGAAACAAGCGGAAACUGGCGGAGCCACGGAAGAUCCAAGAAACAGCGGUCAUCGCGCCGCCAUUGAAGAAGAGACGUUUCGAUCCUAUUUCCGAGGAGACGACCGUGGCUCAAGAGGAGACCAGAUCGCUGAACACGCCGAAUCCAUUCCGACCGUGGAUUCCUACUUCUUACAAAAAUGAAUCCAAGACAACAACUACGGCCUCGACGACGACGUCGACGGACACGAUCUCCAAUACGACGACAACGACAACUACGACGACGACAACAACGUCAUUGUCCAGCGAGAGGGAAGAAGAAGAAGAAGAAAGGAGGAAGCAGCAAAACGAGACAACGCAGAGGUUGCACGAAUCGUUCAGGAGACUACAACAUUCUACCGAUCAUAACCGAUCGGCUGCUUCUUCUCGACGAGAGCCUCGUCGAGAGAGGUUGUUCGAGCCGACAGCGCCAACAGCAGCAGCUCCAACAGCAGCAGCUCCGACAACGUCUCCGUCGAGCGUGAUCUCUCUUCCGCAUCCAAGGCUGCAGGAUGAACCGCUGUCCUUGGUAGUGCGAAACGAGGCGCCCAGGGUGCCGUCGCAUCCCGCUGUAAGUGGCUCCUACGAGAAAACGCCGUCGUACAUGAUGGAACACUUGUUGGCCACUUCCUCCAGCCAUAAUCAUCAAAAUCAUCAGAUUCAUCAGAGUCAGGGAAAUCACCAGAGUCACCAACCGGCCCCCGCGACCUCGAGACACCACCAUCAGGGUGGUCAGCAGAGAAAUUACAAGAACAUGACAAGGGAGAGACGGAUAGAAGCGAACGCUCGAGAAAGAACCAGGGUACAUACCAUCAGCGCGGCCUUCGACACGUUGAGACGCGCUAUACCUGCCUACUCGCAUAACCAGAAGCUGUCGAAGCUAUCGGUACUGAGGAUCGCCUGCAGCUACAUCAUGACGCUCAGCAAGAUACUCGAGAAGGACAACGAAGUAAUGGCAACAAAAAGCAACGGCCUGAGUAGCUGCGUGGAGUUAGUCUCCAGAACCAUUCAGACGGAGGGCAAGCUCCGGAAGAGGAAAGACGACUGAAUGAAUCGCGUUUCCACCUGUACGAUAAGAAGAAUAUGGAAAUGAUCAGCAGUAGAGUCUAUUGCAACGGAACAGGAGGUGUUUCGCUCCACAUUGUCAAACGCUUAUACGUCUUCUAUUCUUGAUGCCAUUUAAUUCGCGAGGGAGGGGAGGACGACCUAGGGUUAAGUAAGCCGUUAACCUAAGCAACUGAUCGUCGUCGGUUGCUACGCUGCGCAUAUUAAUUCGUGAAGUAUCGAACAGGAAUGCAUUACAGUAACGAUUUUCGAAAGAAAUGACGAUAAGAUCAAAUAAAUUGAGUCUUAUCGUCAUUUCUCAAAAAAAAAAACCGUUAUAGAAUAACUACUUGUCGUUUUACAAAAAAAUUGUAUAUUACGCUUUUUGAAAUUAUUGACAUAGUAGGCUUUAAAUUUUAAUGGAUACUAUCAACAGAGAGAUUUU